AUGGCGGAGGCAAUAGAAGAGGCCGGUAAAUCUUCAUUUACCUAUGAGAUAAUGUACGCGGAUAUCCCAGAGAAAUGCGUGCUACCAACACUACCAAGCAUAUUCAGCGGAUCUGAAAGUACUGUGCAUCAUUUAAAACAAUACACCCUUUCGUUGAUGCAAUGGGGACGAAAUUAUGCGGUACUUUGUCGAUACUUCCCCGCGAGCUUGGCCGGGGAAACGUUGGCCUGGUUUGAUGGGCUACCAGAAAGAUCGAUAUCGUCGUUCAAAGAAUUACAAAGGAUAUUCCUGACCACUUAUAUAACUAACAACAUGUUAAGGCCAGGAAUUGAGACUUUAUUUACUUUGAUAAGGAGACCCACAGAAAGCCUGCGACGAACUGUGACGAGGUGGAGAACGGAAUGCAAUGAGCUUGCAGAGAGAGUUGGCGAGAAAAAUUUCAUCUUAGCUUUCUUGAACGCUCUAAUCCUAACUGACCUGCUGUACACUCAAACAUUGAUUAUUCGAAACUCUUUGACGAUGAAUGAAUUGAGAGAGUACCAAGAGGAGUACAUAGCCUUGGAAGAAAAGCAAAGGCAAGUUAGCGAAGUGGCACCGAUUUCAGCGAAAGAAUAA